AUGACCGACGCGCUGCUGCCCGCGGCCCCCCAGCCGCUGGAGAAGGAGAGCGACGGCUACUUUCGGAAGGGUUGUAACCCCCUGGCACAAACUGGCCGGAGCAGAUUGCAGAAUCAAAGGGCUGCUUUGAACCAGCAGAUCCUGAAAGCCGUGCGGAUGAGGACAGGAGCCGAAAACCUUCUGAAAGCAGCCACGAACCACAAGGUGCGGGAGCAGGUGCGCCUGGAGCUCAGCUUCGUCAACUCAGACCUGCAGAUGCUCAAGGAAGAGCUGGAGGGGCUCAACAUCUCAGUGGGAGUCUAUCAGAGCACAGAGGAGGCAUUUACGAUUCCCCUGAUUCCUCUUGGCCUGAAGGAAACCAAAGAUGUUGACUUUUCAGUCGUCCUCAAGGAUUUUAUCCUGGAACAUUACAGUGAAGAUAGCUAUUUAUAUGAAGAUGAAAUAGCAGAUCUUAUGGAUCUGAGACAAGCUUGUCGCACGCCCAGCCGAGAUGAGGCCGGGGUUGAACUGCUGAUGACUUACUUCAUCCACCUGGGUUUUAUUGAGAGUAGAUUCUUCCCACCCACCCGACAGAUGGGACUCUUGUUUACCUGGUAUGACUCCUUCACUGGAGUUCCAGUCAGCCAGCAGAACCUGCAGCUGGAGAAGGCCAGCAUUCUGUUUAACAUCGGAGCCCUUUAUACCCAGAUCGGGACACGGUGCAACAGGCGGACACAAGCUGGGCUGGAAAGUGCUGUGGACGCCUUCCAGAGAGCUGCAGGUGUUUUAAACUACCUGAAAGAAACAUUUACUCAUACCCCGAGUUAUGACAUGAGCCCCGCCAUGCUCAGCGUGCUUGUCAAAAUGAUGCUCGCACAAGCCCAAGAAAGCGUGUUUGAGAAAAUCAGCCUUCCUGGGAUCCGGAAUGAGUUCUUCAUGCUGGUAAAGGUGGCUCAGGAGGCUGCCAAGGUGGGAGAGGUAUACCGGCAGCUGCACACAGCUAUGAGCCAGGCACCAGUGAAAGAGAACAUCCCCUACUCCUGGGCCAGCCUGGCCUGUGUGAAGGCCCACCACUAUGCAGCCCUGGCCCACUACUUCACCGCCACCCUCCUCAUCGACCACCAGUUGAAGCCUGGUGCCGAUGAGGACCAUCAGGAGAAGUGCCUGUCACAGCUCUAUGACCACAUGCCAGAGGGGCUGACGCCGUUGGCCACACUGAAAAACAACCAGCAGCGCCGACAGCUGGGAAAGUCCCACCUGCGCCGAGCCAUUGCCCAUCACGAGGAGUCCAUGAGGGAGGCCAACCUGUGCAAGAAGCUGCGCAGCAUCGAGGUGCUCCAGGAGGUGCUUUCUGCAGCACACCAGCGCUCGCAGCUCAAGUAUGCUGAGCACCAGGAAGAUGAUGACCUUCUGAACUUGAUCGAUGCUCCCGACGUUGUUUCUAAAACUGAGCAAGAGGUUGAAAUUAUAUUGCCCCAGUUCUCUAAGGUGACAGCAACAGACUUCUUCCAGAAGCUGGGUCCCUUGUCUGUGUUUUCGGCUAACAAGAGGUUGACACCUCCUCGAAGCAUUCACUUCACUGCAGAAAAAGGGGACUUGGGGUUCACCUUGAGAGGAAACACCCCAGUUCAAAUUCACUUCCUGGAUCCUAACUGUUCUGCUGCACUGGCAGGAGCCAAGGAAGGAGAUUAUAUUGUUUCCAUUCAAGACGUGGAUUGUAAGUGGCUGACAGUGAGUGAGGUUAUGAAACUGCUGAAGGGCUUUGGCGAGGACAAGAUUGAGAUGAAGGUCGUGAGCCUCCUGGAUUCCACUUCAUCCAUGCAUAACAAGUGUGCCACCUACUCAGUGGGAAUGCAGAAAACUUACUCCAUGAUCUGCUUGGCCAUAGAUGAUGAUGAUAAAACUGAAAAAACCAAGAAAAUUUCAAAAAAGCUUUCCUUUUUGAGUUGGGGCACCAAUAAGAACAGACAGAAGUCAGCCAGCACCUUGUGUCUCCCGUCGGUUGGGGUCGUAAGGCCUCAAAUCAAGAAGAAGCUCCCCUCUCCUUUCAGCCUUCUCCACUCCGACAGUUUUUUGUACUAA